UUGCGUUUCUGAGAGAAUACGCCAAGACCAUGAAACCAGUUGCGAAGGCCGUCAAUAUCCUACAGGGAGAGGCCAACGUGCAGAUGGGAUGGCUUGUGCCUACAAUAACACUGCUCAAGGCUAAGCUCGAACAGUUCCACAUCUCCUCCAAGUACUGUGGGCCAUUGUUGGACGCACUACAAGCAGGACUUGAAAAGCGUUUUGGACAGAUGCUUGGUGAUCCAGAGCUAAUUGCAGCAGCAAUUCUGGUCCCCAAGUUCAGGACGACCUGGACAUGUAACGAAGAGAUCCUAAAAAGUGGCCUUGACUACAUCAAAAGCCAUCUGAAGGAUCAACCCACAGUGCAUUCAGGUAACACUCCCCAGUCUUCAGAUGAGGACGACUUCUUUUCCACCAUCAAGAAGGGUAAAGCACAUGAAAACACCAAAGAGCUCGAGUCCUACCUGGCCAACCCAGAUGAUGACAUGGAUGUCCUCAAAUCUUACCCAGCAGUGUGCCACCUGUCUCUUAUGCUGAACACACCACUACCUGCCUCAGCUGCCUGCGAGAGGCUUUUUAGCACUGCAGGACUGAUUCUCCAUCCUAAAAGGGCCCGCAUUGGGUCAGAGAACUUUGAAAACCAGCUUCUGCUGAAGCUAAACAAACCUUUUUGGUAGUCACGUGGAGUAGAGAUAAUAUGUUCGGGGUGGUAUUGUGAGAGACAGUGUUUUAUCAGAAUUUUCAUGGUCUGAGUACCUCAGUUCAGUUAACUCAGAAAAUGCCUAAUUUUCACUUCAUUGAGCAGCUAGCAUGGGUCUACAGUAGCCCUGUAGCGUGUGAUACUGAAGUUCUCUGAUGGACUCAAACUCAAUUUAACAUCUCUCUGAGAUCCCAUUAACACAAACUAAAUAAAUCCAGCCUGAAUCAGAUCUGUACCAUAUUCAGACUGAACUCUGAUUGGUAUUAACAUCACGUGACCAUUAAAACCAGUCUGAAUUCAGUCUGUUUGUGGCACAGAUCUGACUCAGGCUGGAUUUGGGGCCUAUUAGUGUGUUGUGAUUAGUGUUGCUGCCUGGUUCGGUUCCGCAGUCCUCACAUCAAUGGAUCUCUCGUUGAAGUUACUGAAGUUUGUUAAUGUGAAAACAACACUACCUGCAGCCUGUAAGCUGAGAAAGCUGUGGACAGAAAUUGGGGAUGACAAGAUGGAGGAAAGUGAUGGAUUUUCUAAAAAGCACUUAGGGUUUUUUGUUACUUAAAAUUUGUUUACAGCCAAGUUGUCUCGAAGACGUUAUUUACACUGACGGCUAGAUUCAGCCUGAAUCAGAUCUGUACCAUAUUCAGACUGAACUCUGAUUGGUAUUAACAUCACGUGACCAUUAAAACCAAUCUGAAUACAGUCUGUUUGUGGCACAGAUCUGACUCAGGCUGAUUGUUGAUUUAGCUGCUGCCUGCCAGUGUAACUGGGGAGUAAAGAGAUGGGUAGAAAAGAAAAAGGUGAUAGGUUUAUGUUUACAAAACACUAUUUGUUUUUUUUGCUCUAAGUCCAGUGCAUUCUGUGCAUGGCUGAAAAACGUGUUUACUGUACAUAUGUA